GUUGUGUAAAAAAAUGUUUAAAAAAUGUAAGAGUACAAUCGAGCACUCAGUUUUCUUUAUUUCUAACUUGUUGUGAUAAUAAUUUCUUUAAAACUCCCUUGAAACUAAAUAUAAUAAAUUAUUAAUAUAAAUAAAAUCAUAAUUAUUACGAAAUGUUAAUUUGGACGUUAUAUUUUGACAUGAUUUCUAACCUACAAUAUUGAUUUUGGGGUAGAUUUCGUGAUCAUUAUUUGUCAAAGUGUUCUUUUAAUGAUGUCCUAGCAGUAAAGGGAAUGCAAUUUUACUAUCAUGUUGUGACGCUAUGUUUAUCUGGUAUUCCCCGCGAUAAGUCGUGAAAAUCGACCUGCAGAUGCCUGCAAAAGAUUAUGAAUAGAAACAUCAGAUCUGUCAAAUAGGAAUUUUAGUGUUGACGUGAUACUCAAGCAGUUUUUAUUGAUUUAAUACGAAAAUGAGCAAAUCACCAAUCUCUAUUCUUCAAGAAUAUAUGGUUAAAAGUAACCAAUCUCUUCCUACAUACGAUUGCAUUGAACAUAACAGUGUUGGCCUAAAUGAUCACGAAUUUAAAGUAAGAGUGAAAUGCGGCAGUUUGACUGCCGAUGGCAGAGGCACCACAAAAAAAGAUGCCAAGAAUAAUGCAGCUAAGGAACUGCUACUUCAAAUUGGUGGAGCAGAACUAGCUAAACCAAGAAUUAAUAAUAAUAGUACUAAUAAUAAUAAAAAUAAUGAAAUAGGGGCUAUACAAGAAAAUAACUCUACGAACUGUACGGCCCUUUUAAAAUCAGGAUCAUCAUUAAAUUAUAUUGGACUAUUGCAUGAACACUGUGCUCAGAAAUCAAUACCAGCACCAACAUUUGUUGAAGUCCAUUCCUGGGGACCAUCCCACAUGAUGAAUUUCACUAUAAGAUGUCAGGUAUCUGACAUCAUAGAAGAAGCGACUGCCACAACGAAAAAAACUGCCAAAACCGAUUCAGCGAGAAAAGUAUGGUUCAAAUUAUCAAAAAUGAGAUUCGAUCCCUCGAUUAAUAAAACAAUCGAGGAGAAGGUGAGAGAAGCCGGUGUUGAAGUAAGGGAUCUUAAAUUAGAGGAUAUCCUUCCCGAUUACACGGAAGUAAAUCAAGUAGCCAAGGAUAAGUACCUAAAUCUUACAAAACUGAAGCCUUCAGCAUACAUAAGCGACAGGCAGUCUCUUGAAAAUUGCCAUCAGCUUAUUGCCGCUAAAUAUAGCUUAUCUCUCCGCGAAAGUAUUAUAGCUCAGCUUUCGCAAAUCACUGAAGACGAAAAUAAUGUUACCUUGCUUCCAAUUUUUAAGUUGGUUUUACAAAAGAUUGCAAAUCUUGUUGGCGUUAAACUGGACAGAGUUUCUUUAAUGCAUAGAAAAUUGGCUGGGCAAUAUACGGUGGGUUUCAGACUACACACGAAACCACCAAUUGUUAGUAUUUGCACUGCAGAAACUGAAUGCUUGGCAGAAUUUAAAGCUAUUGUUAAAAUUGCAAUGGAUUUUCAGAUUUUGUUAUGUUAAUAAUUUUUUUAAUGAGCUCAAGGCUUUAAAAAAUAUGCUUUAAGAAGCUAUUUCUUAGACCUUCAACUUUCGGAUAAGCGAUUCCUAUGAAAUAUUCAGGGUGGCCAACCGACCGGGGAGAAAUAUUACACUGGGACCGGAGUAGAAAUUUGUUAAUUUUUUAAUCUUUCCCAUUUAAAAUUACUAUUUAUUUUGAAAGUUUUUUAAAAAUAAUUCAAUUCAUUUUU